CAAGAGGGCGGUAUGAAAUUAGGAUAAUAACAUGUGGUGGGUAAUAUUAUUAACGUAAAGUUUACGUGCGAUAGACGACGCGUACGGCAAAACUGCAACUAGAGUUGUAAAACUUGUAAUGUAUUAACUUGUAAUGAUUGUGUCAACUCCAAGCCUGAACUGUCUGUUGGAUUGACACUUAAAAUGGCCAGCCCAGACGUAGAUGUGUGCUUGACCAGUUACGACUAUGUUUUCAAGCCCGAUAUUUUGACGGGAAAAGUGGCCUUCAUCACAGGUGGUGGAUCGGGAAUUUGCUUCACAAUUGCGGAAAUUUUCAUGAGACAUCAGUGCAACACAGUUAUAGCCAGCAGAAAAUAUAAUAGAUUGCAAGAGUCAGCUAAGAAACUAGAGAGUGCCACUGGACAAAGAUGUCUACCAAUUCAAGUUGAUGUCAGAAAGCCGGAGGAAGUGCUGCGCAGUGUUGAGCAAGCUCUCAAUCAUUAUGGAAGAAUUGACAUUCUCGUCAAUGGAGCUGCCGGAAAUUUUCCAGCACCGGCCAGUAGUCUCUCCUUUAACGGUUUCAAGACAGUUCUGGAGAUUGACACGGUGGGGACUUUCAACACUUGCAAAGCCGUCUACGAAAAAUACAUGAGGGACCAUGGAGGCGUCAUCAUCAAUAUAUCUGCAACACUGUUUUAUCGAGGCCAGCUUUUUCAGAUCCAUGCCAGUGCAGCGAAAGCAGCAAUUGACUCUAUGACGCAGACACUAUGCAAUGAGUGGGGACCUCAGGGCAUCCGUGUGGUGGGCAUAGCUCCAGGACCAAUAGCCGACACAGAGGGCAUAAGGCGGCUAGGUGCAGGUAUGUUUGAUGAAGAGGUACUGAGGAACUUUCCCCUCCAGCGGAUGGGUACCAAGCAGGACGUUGGCGAUUGUGCAGUCUUCGCGGCCAGCCCAGCUGCCAAUUACAUCUCAGGCCACACCAUCGUGGUGGACGGUGGGCACUGGAUGACCUGUGACAACAAUUUCGGCUUCUACAGUAAACGGAUGGGGGCAAAACUGUAGAGUGGACUUCAGUAUUCAUCUUAAAUCACACACCCCUGUUUAUGUACAUACAAGUUUCAAAAGCAAUUAUAAGAUGGCUAAAAACAAUGCUUGUGCUGGUCCCAGAGAGGUGCUCUUUGUUACUCACCGACGCCAUGUCACUUGUUAGCCGAGUAGUGCUAUCAAAUAGUUUAAAGGUACAGUCCAUCAUUUGCAGCUAUCCAAAAAGUAACUGACUAGGUUUAAAGAUGGUAACUCCCUGUGAAAUUGUUCACUCUGGCAAGCUGUCAUUUUGAAGAAAUCAAUGAAAGAAGGCCAUUUCCAACAAUGUGUCUAACGACGCAUUCUUGGAAAUUUUCGUUUUUUAUUCGGCGAAGUGCGCGCAGGCAUUGAGAACCUGUCUCGGAAGCUGAAUUCAGGCCCAAUUCAAAACGUGACUCGGCCACUUUUGAUUUGAAAUCGCUAUCCUAGAAUAUUGUUUUCUCGGAAUAUACAGCAUUCACUGAGCUGAAGCUUCAUCGGGUUAGCUGUUGAGUACCCUUGCUUAGAUUUUGAGCACUUUUGUUGCCUCAAACGAACAGAAUUCACAAGAUACAAAUGAUUGAUGCUACCUUUAAAGUCCGGUUUGGUGGUUGAUCUUUACUUGCUACAAACCCUCAUGUGCAAGGGCCCCAAAAUUCCAUAUAUUUAAAGAGGAAACUGAUGGCAACAAACGGUGAUUUUGCUAGACUUGAUGACAAGUCGUUAGAUAGUCAUAUUUGUCCGUGAACUUCAGUCGAACUCCAUCAGCUCGGCUUGUAUAAGACUAGUACGUAAUCGGCCGGGUUGCGACAAAUCUAACGACUUGACGAUUAUGUUCUCGCACCGUUAUUCAUAUAUGCAAGCAGCGCAAUACAUAUGCAGUGCAUUUUUGCGGUGAGAUCCAAUCACGAACCGCUAUGCAAAUGAGGACUCAUUCAAUUCCAUUGCAUGGGGACUUCUUCUCAAUAUGUCAGGGACAUGUUUGCAGAUCUGGUGACGUUUUAAAGACCAAUUCACUCAGCUUGGUCAAUUGUGUAUAGAAAUAAAAUGUAUCGUGAUAUACUUGA